UAUAUUUUAGUAUGAGUAAUUCCAGGCGCCGAGCAGCGGGCUCGGGCUCUCCAACCGGUGAUAAAACCCUCCCCUUCUUCCCCAAAAAUCUAGGGUUUCAUAACUCCUAAUUCUCGCAAGAGAGAGAUCCAAGGGGAGAGAGCCAUGUCUCACCGGAAGCGACCCACGGACGACGACCAUCCUCUUUCCGAUCACAGCAAGCGCCCCCACGCCCGCUCUCCCCCGGCAGUCGCCGGUGCCGCCGCCGCCACCGACCCCCACCGCAGGCGGAAGACCUUCCCCUCCUACCUUGACGCCCCCGAACUGCCCACAAAGAUCCGCCUCCUCUGCGAGAUCAUCGCCAAUACCCACCCCGCCUCCGCCGUGGAGCGCGCCCUCGACGACGCCGGAGUCCGCGUCUCGACCACCGAUGUCGAGGAGGUCCUCAAGCUCUCUUACUCUCUCCCCGCCCCCGCCGUCGCCUUCUUCCGGUGGGCUGGCUCCUGCCACCUCGCCCACCAACACAGCACCUACUCCUGGAACCUCAUUGUCGACAUCCUCGGCAAGAACGAGCUCUUUGAUGCCAUGUGGGACGCCGUCCGCUCCAUGCGCUCCGAGCGCCUCCUCUCCUUCGCCACCUUCGCCUCCGUCUUCUCCUCCCUUGCCUCCGCCGGCCGGCCCGAGGAUGCUCUCGCCGCCUUCCACUCCAUGGACGUCUACGGCGUCCCCCGCAGCACGAUUGCUCUCAACUCCCUCCUCUCCGCUGUAUGCCUCGAGGGCCGCGUCUCUACCGCGCGUACCUUCCUCGGCGCCGCUGCCCCUUCUGUGGCCCCUGACGCCGAUACCUUCGCCAUCCUCCUCGAGGGCUGCGAGGGGGAGGACGACCCCCGCACUGCCCGCGAGGUGUUCGCUGACAUGAUUGCAUCCAUCGGCUGGGACCCGGCCAACAUCCCAGCAUAUGACGCCUUCCUCACCACCCUUGUCCGCUCCGGCCCAGUUGGGCUCGCCGAGGCCCUCAAGUUCCUUGACAUCAUGCAGAAAAAGCGGUGCUUUCCAGGGAUUAAGUUCUUCCGGGAUGCUCUCGAGUGUUUUGUCAAGAAUAACGAUGCCCGCGGGGCGCGUGAGCUCUGGGAUUUGCUUGCAGGCCACCAUGGAUGCUUCCCUGACACAGCUAUGUACAAUUCAAUGAUCACCCUGCAGUGCUACCUCAACCAGAUCGAUAUCGCCCAACGGUUCUUGGACGAGAUGAUUACAUAUGGGGCAUUCCCCAACUCACAGACCUACAAUGUGAUGCUCCAGUUCUUGUUGAAAGCGAGGAAGCUAAGGGAAGCCGCUGCCAUAUUUAAUGAGAUGGUUAAGAACGAGUGCUGCCCAACUGCAGCUAAUUGUGCUUCAGCCAUUAGGAUAUUCCUGGAUUCUGGGGACGCAGAGAUGGCAUUGAAGGUUUGGAAGUGUAUGGUUGCCAAUGACUUGCAGCCACUGGAGAAGAAUGGGAACAUGCUGGUUGAAAAGUUGCGGGGCAUGGAUAGGCUUCCAGAAGCUUGUAAAUAUGCAGAGGAUAUCAUUGAUAGAGGCAUUAAGCUGAACUCGUCGACUCUCUCGAAGCUGAGGCAGAGCCUACUGAGAGUGGGUAAGGGAAGUAUUCAUGAUCAUCUCCUUAUGAAAUGGAAAUCUCAUUAGAAGCCAAACUUUAUCGACUUACACCACUUGAAUGAUAUCUCUUUUCUCUAUUUAUUUUAAUUUUUGCCUUUUAUAACUUUGGCGCGUUAAAUGUAAAAUGUGCUGAAACGGAACAAUGUACCUUCUUAUGGGAAGAUUACCCUAAUAUCAUAACUUUGUUGACAUGGAA